AUGAAAAUUAUUAAUAGUUCUGGUCAUUUUUCCUUUGAGUAUGACUUCUUGCUCCAAAUAAAAGAGGAUGCUGCACUGGCAGCAGCACUGAAUGACUACCUAAGCACUCGCAGCUACCUGGCUGGCUUCAGCCCUUCACAGGCUGACCAGAAAGCAUUUAAGAUUCUCUACAAGCCCCCAGACCCACAACAUGUCCACGCUCUGCGUUGGUACAGACACAUAACAUCACUGCAGCUGGACCUGAGCCCAGACAGCAGCAGUAAAGGAAAGAGGGUACAGCCUAAAUGGUCUCCGCCAUCUGGAACAGAUGUUCCCCAACUUCGACUCUACAAUAGUCUGACUAGAGCAAAGGAGCUCUUUGUACCUCAAAAUGGAAACAAGGUCACGUGGUACAGCUGUGGGCCAACAGUGUAUGACGCGUCUCACAUGGGACAUGCCAGAUCAUACAUCUCUUUUGAUAUUCUGCGAAGGAUACUAAAGGAUUACUUCAAGUAUGAUGUUUAUUACUGCAUGAACAUCACAGACAUAGAUGACAAAAUCAUUAAAAGGGCACGACAGAACUACUUACUGGACCAGUACAAGGAAAAACAACCAGAACCUGCUCAAAUCCUAAAGGAUGUGCUGACUGCUCAAGUGCCCUUUCAGGCCUGCUUGAGCUCAACUACCGACCCAGAUAAGAAACAUAUGCUAGAAAGGCUUGAUGCCGCCAUUACGGGCGCUCUGCAGCCUCUGCAGGCAGCGUUGGACAAUAAGGCUACAGAUGAUGUGGUUCAACCUCUAGGCCAGGCUCUACUUGCAAAUUCCAAGGACAUGCUGUCUGACUGGCUGGAUGGUCAGUUUGGAAGUGAAGUCACAGACAACUCAAUCUUCUCAAUUCUGCCUAAAUUUUGGGAGGGAGAGUACCAUAAAGACAUGGCCGCCUUGAACGUCCUUCCUCCUGAUGUCCUGACUCGUGUCAGUGAAUACGUGCCAGAGAUUGUGGAGUUUGUGGAGAAGAUUGUUUCAAAUGGCUAUGGGUAUGAAUCAAAUAGCUCUGUUUACUUUGACACUGCAAAGUUUGAUGGAAAUCCACAGCACUCCUAUGCCAAACUUGUUCCAGAGGCAGUUGGAGAUCAGAAGGCUUUACAAGAGGGGGAAGGUGACUUAAGCAUUUCUGCUGACCGAUUAAGUGAGAAAAAAUCACCCAAUGACUUUGCCUUGUGGAAAGCAUCAAAGCCCGGAGAGCCUUCGUGGGACUCUCCAUGGGGAAAGGGAAGGCCUGGCUGGCAUAUUGAGUGUUCUGCCAUGGCCGGCUCUAUCUUGGGGGAGUCUAUGGACAUUCAUGGUGGAGGUUUUGAUCUAAGAUUCCCUCAUCAUGAUAACGAGCUGGCUCAGUCAGAGGCUUUUUAUGAGAAUGAUAAUUGGGUCCGCUACUUCCUGCACACUGGUCACCUGACAAUUGCAGGAUGCAAGAUGUCCAAAUCACUGAAGAAUUUCAUUACCAUCAAAGAAGCCCUGGCAAAAAAUACAGCUCGCCAGCUCCGUCUCGCCUUCUUAAUGCAUUCGUGGAAAGAUACCUUGGAUUACUCCCCCAACACGAUGGAGUUGGUUGUCCAGUACGAGAGGUUCCUGAAUGAGUUUUUCUUGAAUGUAAAGGACAUUUUGCGUGCGCCUACUGAUAUCACUGGGCAGUUUGAAAAGUGGGAUGCAGCGGAAGUGGCGCUGAACAAAAGUUUUUUUGAUAGGAAGUCAGCAGUUCACGAGGCACUGUGUGACAACGUUGACACCCGCACGGCCAUGGAAGAAAUGAGGCAGCUUGUUAGUCAGAGCAACAGCUACAUCGCCAGCAAGAAAAGUGCCAAAAUGGGACCAAACCGCAUGCUAAUGGAAGGUAUUGCCAUGUAUCUCACCAAAAUGCUGAAGAUAUUUGGUGCAAUUGAAGGAUCAGAGUCCAUUGGCUUCCCAUUAGGAGGACAAGGACAGAAUGUUGACUUGGAGAGCACAGUGAUGCCUUACCUCUCAGUCCUCUCUGACUUCCGAGAACAAGUGCGAAAAAUUGCCAGACAGCAGAAGGUCAUGGACUUGUUGCGGCUCUGCGAUGAUGUCCGUGAUGUUACAUUACCGGAGCUGGGCGUCCGACUCGAAGAUCAUGAAGGACUGACAACCGUGGUGAAACUGGUGGACAAAGAGAUUUUGUUGAAGGAACGGGAUGAGAAGAUGAAGCUGGAGGAGGAAAAGCAACGGAGGAAAGCAGAGGCUGCCAGGAAGAAAGAAGAACAGGAGAUGGCCAAGCUUGCCAAAAUGAAGAUCCCUCCAUCUAAGAUGUUUCUCGCAGAAACCAACAAAUAUUCCAAAUUUGAUCAAAUGGGUUUCCCCACCCAUGAUGCCGAAGGGAAGGAACUCAGCAAGGGACAAGAAAAGAAACUGCGCAAACUUUUUGAGACUCAAGAGAAGCUACAUAAAGAGUAUCUUCUUAGCCAUGGCGUGCAAUCAGGGGAAGCCAAAAAUGAAUGA